CAAACGCCCACAGAAUAGUGCGAAGUGUUAGUGAGGGACACCUCGAUACAGUAUAUCAUCUGCACUGACAGUUCAAAGUUGGUAGGUCAAAUUUGGGGCGGCUCGGAGCCACAAUGGAUCUGCAACCCAAGUUUAGCUUGACUAACAUGCAGUCAAACCCCAGCGAUUUCUGGAUAUUCGCAGCAGUGUGCAAUUGGCUGUCGGCAUUUGGGCCAUGGGUGGGCUUAGAUGUGGAUGUGCUCAAGCUGGAAGCAGCGCUAUUAAACCCAACUGCACACUAUGAGAUGCUGGCAGAUAUACAUAUGGCACUACUUAAAAGUAUGCAGAAGAAGCCUGAGGUAGUAACACAGGAUAACUGGCAGACGAGACUGGCUAAAUAUGUCAAAGACAAUUGGGAGGAUAUGUGGACAGUGCAGGAAUCUCCAAUGUUGUCGGCGGAUAAGCAGAUGAUUAUAGAAACGGAUUACUUGGAGCUACACUAUGAGUACAGGUUAGGGCUGCUACAUGAUCUGUGCGUGGGUGUGAUGAAGUACGCUGGACCUGUCAGCGAAAGUAUCACAGCUAUAGUGCGUGCCGGCAGAUCGUACGAGUUGCGAUUACCUGCUCUGGGGGAGUACAAGGACCUGAGAGAUGAAAUAACGGAUAGCAAAUGUCAGUACUGGUUACCAUGUACCGACGCGCCACUGUUAUUUGCAACUGACUACGAGGGUGACUGGACUCCAGUCAGCCGUACUGAGGAUGAGCUGGCAGACUUCGUAUCCCUACUGGAAUCAAGUAUAAUAUCCGAACGAGCAAAGCGAAAGAAGUUGCCCGCGGCCAGGGGCAAGGUGAAAGGCAAGGCGAAGGCGAAGUCGAAAAUGGGAGCUCAGAGCGCGAUGAGUGCUGCAUUACUGAAAGAAGGAGAUGAUUUGUUGACAAAUCUGAAGAUAACGAUGGAAGCGUGUAGUGAAGCACGGAUACGGAGAGAAGAAAAAGAACAGGCUGAAAUCAAGAAAAGGGAGCGAGACAGUCGAAGGAUUGCUAAACUUGAAUCCGAGGCUAGUAUUUUCAGGGUCGAAGCUGGCUCUCGAAGGACGCGCACCCGAGUCAACUACGCGCUAGAUCAAGAUGAUGAUUUUCUGGACGACAUACUCGACAGCCACAUGUCUGAGGUGACACGCCCGUCAAGAAGGGCACCCCCCAAAAGAUCCAGUACGAAAGACAGCCAGAGUAGCUCGGUAUCGGACAGUGAGGGGGAACGCGAGCACGCGCGGAGGGAAAGGAGGGAACGAGAACAAGCUGAGCGCAGUGAGAGAGAGCGAACCAGUAGGAGGGGUAGGAGUACCAAGGUGGUGGGAGUUGGCUGUGUUCCCAGCUACAAAGCGAACGAGGACGUAGGUGGUGAGUCUAGUGCAGGGGAAUCUAUUUCGGAAUUACAGGGGCCUGCUGAGAUUGGGUCGGACAAUGAAGGUCACAACGGGGCCAAACUACAACAGUUGGAUACUAGUCUCAGUACGGAGUGGCAAGGUAAUGAUGGCAACCAAACCAAGGCUUCUGAGCUUCGUCGUGUCGAUACUGGUGGCAGCAUAGGCUGGCAACCAAGUGAGCAUGAAGAGGAAUUCGAGUCGGACGAAUCCAAUAGUAAGUACACCGGAAAAGUCAGCAACAAACGAUCGAACAGAAGUGUAGAGAAACCACAGAGAAAACGAAAGCGCAAACAAGAACAAGUCCAGACAGGCAGUGCCGAAAACGUCGAUACAGAGCAUGUCAAACCCAAACAUCGGAAACUCAUAAGAUUGUGUGACGCAGAGAAAGAGGAGAACAGCAAGGAUGCGAAUGAAAAGCUCGAUCCAAACUACCAGGUUGAGGAUGCUGACAAAAGCUACUCGCCGUCUUCGGAGAGUAGUGAAACAUUGCUUGACGUAGAGUUAAUGCGAGACGAAGCGGAUGAUCCCUGGGUAGACGAGCGAUCUGACAACAAUUCAGACUCGUCGUACGACUUCGCAGCGGAUUUGCAGCGGGAAAGGGGUGGGGUCGGAUCAUCUGCACGGGGUGACAGGAAAGGCAGGAAAACAAAGAAAAACAACGUGAGCAAGCCUGCACAAGAAACGUCGAAGAUGACGGCGAGAAAGUCAUACGAAGAGUGGCAUAGUGAUAUGAGUGACAACAACAGUGAUGGCGCUGCAGAUUCAGGAAGUGUCUCAGAUCUCUCCGUGUCUGACGAUGACUACAAAUAGGCGAAACCCCUACAAUAAUAAGAGGAUUAUAACAUAUUUAACGAAUUAAAAGUGCGCGAUAUAGUAGCGGUGCUGCGGAGAUAGAUGUUUUUCAAAGUGAGGAGUGUGCGCUAUAUCAGGCGGUAUAGGAAGUUAUAUGCAUAUCAGACCUAACUUACAAAACUCAGAUGACACUUGGUAUGAGAAGCCACCACGCCGGGGACCGGUGGUGGGGAGUGUUGGUAACUGAACGUAGGAAGCUUACUUGCAACCGACGAUUGACCCUUCUUAGUCCAGGGGCUAUUGUACUAUCUUUCAAACAGUGGACUCUUCUCAAUCAAACAUCCAUGCAGAUUAUACGAUGUCAUAAAGUGCAUAUGAUACCCGUUUCAGCGCUCGAAUAGUAAAGUAGUGGUAUUUGGAGACCAAUAAACACAGAACAAAAUAAAGG